CUUCGAAAAACCUAGCCCCUCUUUUGGCCUCGCCUCCAUUGCUGCAUUUGGGCAUUGUGAUGCUUUAUGCAUCUAUCUUCUCUGAAAAACUUGUAAAGAUUACUUUUUGAGCUUUUGGAGAAUGCUUGAAGUUUAUAGAAGCAGUUCAGUUGAGUGGAAGCCGUCGCCUGUGGUAGCUUUAGCUACUAGCGCCGAUGAUUCUCAGGUCGCCGUCGCUCGAGAGGAUGGUUCUCUUGAGAUUUGGCUUGUUUCACCUGGCUCCAACGGAUGGCACUGUCAACUUAUAAUACAUGGAAAUCCUAAUUCAAGGGUUUCCUCGUUAGUUUGGUGUCAGUCGGGAUCGAGAAAAUUACCUGCAGGCCGGUUAUUUUCAUCCAGCAUUGAUGGAUCAGUUUACGAGUGGGAUCUUUUUGAUUUGACUCAGAAGGCUGUACUCGAUUCUAUUGGUGUUUCAAUAUGGCAGAUGGCUGUGGAGCCAUGCAAUAAUGCACAGCUUCAUCAGAAUCCUCCAAAGAAGUAUGAGAAUGGCCAUGUUAGUUUUACAAGUGGUGCUAGUAGCGAUAGUGAGAGCAGUGAAGGGGAAGAGGAUGAUGACUCUGUUGUUAUUCACGUGGAUGAUGUUAAUGAAAAUGGUCGAAUUGCAUUUGCUUGUGAUGAUGGUCGUGUUCGUAUCUGCACUGUUUCGGAUGAGAAGAAUUUGUCUUACGAAAGAUUGUUUCCUAAGGUCAAUGGGCGUACGUUGAGUGUCACUUGGAGUUCUGAUGCAAAGAGGAUAUAUUCUGGUAGUAGUGACGGGUUUAUAAGAUGCUGGGAUGCCAAGCUUGCAUAUGAAAUCUACAGGAUAACAGUGGGUCUUGGAGGUUUGGGUAGUGGAUCUGAUCUAUGCAUAUGGUCAUUACUUGCAUUGAGAUGUGGUACCCUGGUUAGUGCAGAUAGUAGUGGGAGUGUUCAAUUCUGGGACUCCCAGCAUGGAACUCUUUUACAGUCACAUUCCAAUCAUAAGGGCGACGUGAAUGCUUUAGCAGCAUCUCCCAGCCAUAGUAGAGUAUUUUCUGCUGGUUCUGAUGGUCAGGUUAUACUUUAUAAGCUCUUAGCCAAUGAAGUGGGGUCUCACGAUGGAGACAUUUCUUCUGUAGUCGUGAAGAAAUGGGUUUAUGUUAGUCAUGUGAGGGCCCAUACACAUGAUGUAAGAGCCUUGGCAGUUGCUGUACCCAUUGCUCAUGAAGAGCCCAUAGUCGAACAGAAGACAAAGAAGCGGCGCUUUAAGGAGAAGCCCCUUGAGUUUAGUUAUCAUAAAUGGGCACAUUUUGGUGUGCCGAUGCUUAUCUCAGGUGGUGAUGACACUAAACUUUUUGCAUACUCUGCAAAGGAAUUCACCAAAUUUUCUCCGCAUGAUAUUUGUCCCUCACCUCAGAGACCACCCAUACAAAUUGCAGUAAAUACAACCUUCAGUCAGGUUUCUUUACUCUUGGUCCAGGCUUCGUACUGGAUAGAUAUUUUUUGUGUUUGUGUGAAAAACGGGGUUGUGUCUGACAUCUGUGGCCCAUCUGGUGGGGCUGCAAGAACAGAUCUAGUGGCUCGUGUUAAGUGCAAAACUUCGAGGAAGAUCACAUGCAGUGCAAUUUCUCCUUCAGGUGUACUGUUUGCUUAUUCUGACCAUGUAAGACCCUGCCUUUUUGAACUUAAGAAGAGUGGUGCUGGCAAGAGUGCAUGGACUGUCAGCAAAAGGAAGCUCCCUUUGGGACUUCCAUUUGCCCAUUCAAUGGUUUUCAGUGCAGAUUCUUCUCGAAUGAUGAUAGCUGGGUGUGACAGAAGGAUCUAUGUGGUUGAUGCAGUAAGCUUGGAACUAGUUCAUGUUUUUACCCCUCGGCGUAAAGAGCAAUGCGAAGAAUUUCCACCAAAUGAACCUCCCAUUACGAGAAUGUUCACUAGUGCAGAUGGGAAAUGGUUAGGUGCUGUAAACUGCUUUGGAGAUGUGUAUAUAUUUAAUCUAGAUAAACAGAGGCAACAUUGGUUUAUAUCAAGAUUGAAUGGUUCUUCCGUUACAGCUGGUGGCUUUACUCCUAGAAAUAGCAAUGUGCUUAUAGUAUCCACAUCUUCGAACCAGGUAUAUGCCUUUGAUGUUGAAGCUAAGCAACUAGGAGAAUGGUCCAACAGGAAUACAUUCUCUCUGCCGGGAAGAUUUCAAGAAUUUCCUGGAGAAGUGAUUGGGCUUUCUUUUGCUCCUUCUACUAAUUCAUCAUCUGUCAUUGUCUACAGUUCAAGGGCAAUGUGCUUGAUUGACUUUGGGUUGCCAGUAGGUGAUGAUGACGAAACUGACUUAGCUAAUAGUCAAGAUUUAGCUUUGAAGAAGCUACAUAAUAGUUCUCCUGCAAAUGGGACCUUAAAGCGCAAGUUGAAAGGGAAUGACUUAGAUUUAAAACAAAUCGGUAGAAAGAAUUUUGAAUUCUGUGCUUUCAGGGAUCCUGUUUUAUUUGUUGGACACCUUUCAAGAACUUCCACCUUGAUCAUAGACAAACCUUGGAUUCAAGUGGUUAAAACUCUUGAUGCUCCACCAGUUCACAGACGUAUUUUUGGGACAUAACUCUUGUCACAGUUUUUGUUACAACUUACUAGGGAAUGUUUCGUUGGGAGUAUUCAACCCCUUUCACUCAAUAGAUUCUUCUUUGUUGUUAGUUGGAGUUUGGGUGCGGAAACGUUUGAAAUCAAUUCUCAAGUUUCAGUAUAGCUUCACUUCAUCUGCAGGAGUUCUAUGGAAAUUGCGUGGACCUGUAAAUAUAACUUGUGAGCUUUACAAAGUGUCCGUUAGCCUGUUCAGAUAUCGACUAAUGUUUUCAUGUAUCAAUUGCUUUUUCCAAGUUUCUGUAUCAAUCAGUUUUGCCCCUUGAAACAAACAUUUUGAUCUGCAAUGUUAAA